AAAAAAAAAAGGAACCGGGUCGAGGGUUCCAGGGGGGUGCCCCCAUUCUUCUAUAUCCCUGCACUCACUCUCCAAGCCCCAUGUCUCUCUCUUUUUGCAAGACAAUCGUGGCAAUUGGCAAGGAACUGGUAGACCGGGACCGGCUUGCAUCGUCGGGCACUUGCCGCCCAGUUACACUUAGCUCUGCCCUGGCUUCUUUGCUAAGGUAGGUACCUCCGAAAGGUUCCUGGAAAGCAGCGUGGAGCUACCAGCUCGAACCAGCGCCGGGAUCCCUUCGCAAGAUGACCACUAGAACCUUUAAUCCCUUCCUGAAUCUACCUAGUCAGAAGAGGAUCUGCUUGUUCACCUUUGGGUCAAAGUGUCAACGCGACACCGCCGUUUCACUCCCUCCCAAUUAAAAAAAAGAAGAAAAGCAAUGACAAAAAAAGAAAGGAAAAUACCGUACAUCUCCUUUCCCCCUAAUCCAGGUACCCGCCACACCUCAUAACAGUAGUAGAUAGACCUGGUGACCUCGCACCUCUUUUUGUCCAUUGCCUUUAUUUAUUUUAUUUGAUUGUCUCUCUCUCUCUUCUAGCCACGCCCAUCUUUUCCCACCUAUCCAAAUUGUUUGUUCUGUACACGCCUCCUCCGUAUCUCUCACCGGCUCCAAGGACGAAUUGUUUCUUCCCUCCUUUUUGCUCGACUACAUAAAUGAGGCUGCUUGCUUCCUGUUACAUCACAUCGCAUUUUACUUGCCCAGACCCUUGAGACUGCAUAUCUGACCAUCCUCUUCUUUGACGAUCACUACACGGUCAACAAAUAAACUGGGGGCCAUCUUGCAGUUAAAUAGAUCUAACCGGUGAUUCGCUAUUCGACUACUACCGCCUUUGAACUCGGACCUCUUGAGAAACGUCUUAAGAGAUCAAGCGUCCUCCUUCCCGACCAGCUCACGGCCCUUGGAACUGGUCCCAUCCUUGACAGAACGUGGCCCACAGACAUCAAGCUCACUCAUGAGCUAACGCUUGUUCUCGGUUCCUGUCUUUCCUGCAGAUUUCUUUUCUCUUUGCAACUUUGACAUAACAAAGACCAAUUGCACUCAUCAUACAUACACAAACACAUCCCUAGACCGUGACUCCCUUUCACCGCACCUAGCCCCCUGUCUACAGACAGGUAUUCAACCACGGGUAGGAUUCAUCAGACCUCGUCGUCUUCACAACGAUGGGGAGGUCCUGUAUGAGCCUGAGCAGGCGUAGCUCAUCACCGGCUGCGCCUGCAACUUCAAACUCGCCGCCGUUCCCAAAGCAGCAGCUUCUCGUCCUCGCAUUAUGCAGGAUAUGCGAACCAAUCGCUUUCAUGGGGAUAUUCCCCUACAUCUACUCCAUGGUCCAGGAUUUCAAAAUAACCGAGGAUGAGAGCACCAUUGCCAUGUACGCCGGCAUGGUUACCUCUGCAUUCACCUUUGCCGAAUUUUCGACGGGCGUCUUAUGGGGACGCCUGAGCGACAAGGUCGGGAGAAAGCCCAUUCUGCUCAUGGGGCUGGUGGGAACGGCGAUCAGUGUGCUUCUCUUUGGUUUUUCGCCAAAUCUCUACGUUGCGCUCUUCGCUAGGGCCCUGGGCGGGUUUCUUAACGGUAACAUCGGCGUCUUGCAAACGACAGUCGCAGAGCUGGUCAAGUCCAAGGAACAUCAACCCCGCGCUUAUACUAUCAUGCCUACUGUAUGGUGCUUGGGGUCUAUAAUCGGCCCAGCCAUUGGUGGCGCGUUGGCCAAGCCUUGCAGCACGUACCCCAACGUGUUCAAGCCAGGCACAAUCUGGGAAACGUUCCCUUAUCUGCUUCCCAAUCUCUUCAGCGCUGGGGCAGUCUUUAUUGGUGUUAUGAUCGGUAUCCUUUUCUUAGAUGAGACUCACGCCGAGAAGAAGAAAGAGCGAGACCGAGGCCGAGAGCUCGGAAAAGCCUUGGUUGCCAGGCUCCAGUGGCUUUGGACGUCACCAACGACCAGCUCCCCCAUCGAUGUUAAAGGGGAGCAGCAGCCGUUGCUUUUGCGCCUGGACGAUGAACCACUCCCUGGAUAUCAGACACAGGAGAGCUCGCCGCAACUGUCCUCUCAGAAGCCAUCGGAUUCACUGGAUGACCUGGACUUGUCGGCUGCAACAAUUACUGUCGAUGAUGGAGAGCAGGUCGAGGCGCCGAAGAAGAACAGGACCUUCACCAAGCCCGUCAUUCUCAACAUCGUUGCAUAUGGAAUUCUGGCCUUCCACACCAUGACCUACGACCAAUUACUGCCCAUCUUUUUGAGCACUUCUCCCCAACAUAGACCGGUGUCGUUACCUUUCAAGUUCUCAGACGGAUUCGGCUAUGACACUGCAACUGUCGGUGUCAUCAUCGGACUGCAAGGCAUCUAUGCCAUCCUCUCGAACCUGGUCAUCGUCCCCUUCGUGCUCAGUCACGUCGGCUCUCUGCGCCUAUUUAGGCUGACGUCGCUCUCAUACUUUGCGCUGUACUUGAUCACGCCAUAUCUGGUGCUCCUCCCGGACCACCUUCGGAUGUACGGAAUCUACGCAGCCUUGGUGUGGAAAUGCACAUUCUCAACAAUCGCAUACCCAAGCAAUGCGAUUCUCCUGGCGAAUUCAGCUCCAAGUUUGCUCGCUUUGGGCAGUAUCAAUGGCGUCGCAGCGUCCACGGCGAGCUUAUGUCGCGGGUUCGGCCCGACGAUAUCUGGCCUGCUGUACGCAGCGGGUCUCAAGAUGGGCUACUCUGGCCUGCCAUGGUGGUGCAGCGGACUGAUGACCAUCGUGGGGGCGUUUGUAAGCCUUCAGAUUACAGAUCCUGCAGACAGGACAGACGAGAAGCAGGAGGACAUUGAAACAGCACCAGAUGCCAGUUGAUGACCGAUUAUCUCGACUGAUCAACUAUCCCUCCGGAAAGCACUUGAUGGGACACAAAAGCACCCGCCUCUACCAUCUUGAUUUUUUUUUUCUCAAUUCGCUUCUUGAUGAACCCUCUUAUUCAUUAUAUUGUUAUUAAAACCCUUGGAACAUCUUUCUUGAGUUGUUUUGGUCUUUUGUUUUUCUUCUCUGGUCUGGACAAUGCAAUACCCCCAAUGUGUUUUUUUUUCUCAUUUACUACUAUGGUUGGCCGGAGCUAUAUGUGUUUCUUACCAUGACCUCAUGUCGUCAUCUUUUCAGCAUAUUAACGGUGUUUUCAGCGGAAAGCAAUCUGUUUUUGUUUUUACGAGGCCUCGCUUGGCUUCUCUGGGCAAACUAAAACCUCUCAUCUGGCAAGGCGCAUGAAUUGGUAAGGGUUACAUGGCACCAACCACCAGAUCUUGAUUUUCAGCGUCACUUGAUUUUUUUUUUCCUGGUCUCUCUCUGUUCCUUUCCUCCGGGCUUCUUUCAGUUCCUUUCCUUCUGGCUUACUGUUUCAUCUUCCUAUGGCAUCCCUCAUCUUCUUCUCUGGGCAUGACACAUUUCUUUUAGUACAAUCUGGCCCAGGAGGCCCAACAAAAAGCAACAGACGCAAAUGGGAUGGCUGGUUGGAUGGAUACCCUGGGUUUCUCGAUCGAUAUUUGCUUUUUUGGUGUCUUUUUGGUAUGGUGCAUAUGUACUUAUUCCUUACUCUUUUUCUCUCUUUUGGAGCUCUCAAUGCCAACUUGAUGACACCC